UUCAUAUCGGAAAACUUGCUAUAUAAAUUGAACAUGAUGGCUACGAAUCAUAUAUGUGUAUGCGUAUAUAAUUGGAAUUUUUUUUUAAAUAAAACCAAGAUAUCUACCUAGCCAUCAAUGCCAGUGAUAGUAGUUUUGGAGUAAUAUCCUGCAAUCUAAAAUCUAUAAAAAAAAAAUUACUGAACUGUAAAUAGUUCUUAACACAAUGAUGUGUUGUAUUGGAACCAUAAUACAAUAUCUAUAUAGUAGCAACUGCGAGUUUUCAAUCCAAUUUAAUUGGCUAAAAGCAUAAUAAACCUUAACUGAGAUAGACAGCAAACAACCAUUAGUUUAUGUGCUAAAAUAAUUCCACAGACUACAUUUUUAUAAUUCAUAUCAUUUAACUAGAAAACAAAAGAAACAAGCUAACUGAGACAUUAUUGGUGGAGUGUCGACAAUAUUAUUAUAAAAUUAAAAGCCCAAGCAAAUAUUUUAAAUUAACCAUGUUAAUUUUAAUAUCAAAGCACUCUAUAAAAGGACCACUCAAGUCUCUAGCGAUCGUAUCUGUCUCAGCAUCAGUGCAUCUCUUUUCUCCAACAUAACAUUUUCUUCUCCCCAUAUAGAAAAUCGUUAACAUUUCCUUCAAUAAUUCUUCCACCUACUAACAAACUAUGGAGAAGGAGAACGAUGAGCCAACUAAGGGACACGACAAUACGUUUAGCUUACAGAAUGUUCUGUUCAUUGUCAAAGUCUCAGCCGUCCUAGCCUUCACCGGUUACUGUGGUUACCCGACGAUUAUAAAUGUACUCGACGGCGUUGACCUUUGGUUCGGUUGGUUCCGUUUGGUUCUAAGAAACGUUUUCUUCAUCUUCAUCAUCCUAAACGCUCUCAUAGGCGCGAUAUACUUUAGCUUCCUCAAAACCACCGAAAAAAAGAAACAAGAUCUCUAUGAUGAAUAUAUCGCCGCCGCACCCUCCGCCGUCCGUUCUUCCCCGGAGCCUUCUUCUGCCCUGAUGGAGGUUGGAGACUACGGUGGUGAAUAUUAUAAUAAGUCAAGUUACUACAAGACUGUGCCACCGUUUCAAGCGGUUACUACGGUUGAGGAGAGUAAGUGUUAUGAACGAUUAGUGAUGGAGACGAGCUCUAAGAGUUAUAGGAAGACGACGAGUUUAGAGAAGAAGAAGAAGAGGUCCACGGUGGAGUAUCGAAGGACGGAGUCGGAGAGAGUACUGAUGAAAACGGCGUCGUGGAGGUCGCAUGCGAUGGAUGAGCUGAGCAGCGAGGAGUUUCGUAUGAAGGUGGAGACAUUUAUCACGGGGUACAAGAAGAAAAUGAAUUGCCAAAACGGCGUCGCUGAUCACUGGGGAAACGGAGUCUCUCGGUUUCAAAACGGCAGCGUUGACCAGUGGCAGAACUGUGUCCCCCAGUUGCAAGAUCAGCCUUAUUACGAUGGAACUGAUCGUCGUCGUCAUCGUAGUCGUAGGCUCGUGGGUGGUUCUGGCUCUACUGGUAGUGGUGGUCCGUACUUGGCCAUUUCGAAUUAGAGCUUGGCGUGGGGACUAUGUAAAAGUAAAAGACGUUAACAACAUAGGUUAUUUUUUACGGACAAUAAUGUUGUAUUCUAAAUUUCUAAUAUAGAUGAGGCUAUUAAUCUGUGUCACAUGGUA